AUGACUGACUCUCGGGUUAUUCCCGCCGCGCAUCCUGCGUCAUCUUCCUCGCCUCCUCCGCAAUCGCUUGUGAAUGCCUUGUCGCAUGCGCUGUCUCGUCGGGAAGCCAAAUCUGCCCGCCGGAGGUUAACCGUCUUACCCCAGGAAACCGUUGAUUUUUCUUCAAAUGACUUUCUCUCGCUGGGGACGUCCCCGGCUUAUCGAAAUCGGUUUAUGACUCACCUCAACAAUGCACCGGAUUCAUUCCCCUUUGCGAGCGGAGGGUCACGAUUGCUAGAUGGGAACUCCGCUUAUGCCGAGGAAUUGGAACGAUUCGUGGCUGAUUUCCAUCAAGCUCCCACCGCUCUAUUAUUCAAUUCUGGCUUUGAUGCUAAUGUCGGUGUUCUGUCGAGUAUUCCGCAACCCGGUGAUGUGAUUCUCUAUGAUGAGCUCAUUCAUGCCAGUGCGCAUGAGGGGAUGCGGUUAUCUCGCGCCGGAAAACGCAUCAUGUUCCCCCAUAGCUCGGCGGAAGGCCUGCGUGAUGCCCUCGGGGCCCAGAUCAAUGAAGACCCGUCUGUUCGAAAUGGCACUAAGAAUGUGUUUAUUGUGGUUGAGUCUAUUUACAGCAUGGAUGGCGAUGUGGCCCCCAUAAGGGACUUCAUCCAAGUGGUCGACGAUCUUCUACCCCACCAAAAUGGGUAUUUCAUGGUCGACGAGGCCCAUUCUACUGGCGUUUUUGGACCUCGGGGUGCUGGAGUUGUCCAGGAGCUGGGUGUUCAGGAUCGCAUGUUCAUCCGGGUGCACACAUUUGGAAAGGCAUUGGCCAGUCAUGGUGCGAUGGUUCUCUGUGGCCAAGAAACGAAAGACUACCUAAUCAAUUAUGCGCGGAGUCUGAUUUACACCACUGCCCUUGGCUUUCCCUUCCUUGCAUCUAUUCGCACGGCGUAUGAGCUGUUAGCAAAUGGCGAAACGCAAUCCGGGAAACAGUUACAAGUACGUGUCCAGGAGUUGAUUCAUCACCUCCACACCCGCCUACACAGCCUACGGACAGACCAGUCGGUUCUUUUCGAGGUCGACCAUUUCCCCACAUCUCCAAUCUUUUCAUUACGAACCUCCAAGCCUCGUCAGCUGGCAGCUUUCUGCCAGCAAAAUGGGUUUAUCGUCCGUGCCAUCAUGCCACCCACCAUCCCGGAGGGCAAGGAGCGAGUCCGUGUCUGUCUGCAUUCUGGCAACACGGAGGCCGAGAUUGAAGGAUUGGUUCAAACGAUUCAAUCAUGGCUUGACCAAUGUGAAAUGAGAAGUGCGAAUCUGUAA